AUAUAGAAAAACUUGGAUAUACUUAUCCUGAAUUGGUGAAAUUUAAAGGUCAAGAUCCAAGAGAAUUAAAAGCAUAUCUUCUUAAAAUCUAUAAACCUGACCCUCAUUAUGGACGCAGAUUUUUCACAAAAUUAACUAUAGAUGCGAGUAAAUUAGUUGGACCAUACGUCAUUAGAGUCUUCGUUGACUUGAAAGGUGCAUCUGUCGAGACACCAAUAACUUCGCCUCAUUUUGCUGGCUUAGUUAACAUGUGGCGUAGACCUAACCCUUACCAAAUUAAUGAUACUACUUAUGUCGUGGGAAGUGUUGAUAUUACAGCAGCUAUGGAACGAUUGGGAAUACGAAAGGAAACAAGACGUACCACCGUAUUUUUUGAUGUCAAUCCUACUACUGGCUUGUUAAAUUCAACUGCAAUUUUUGAUGUUAAUAAUGAUAUCAACAUAGUUCCUUGUUAUCUGAACGGAACAGGAGUUAGUCUGAAGGAUGCUGGUGUUAAUAAGGUUGAAGUUUAUUCAUUCGAACACGAUAAAGUGGACCCAGAUUUCUUGGUCGAAGAUAGUGGUCAAUAUUACACUAAGAUAUUUUAA